CAGAUUACUGUUCAAGAUGGAGGAGUCCCAGAACUGACCGGUACCUCAACACUGACCAUCCGCAUUCAACCAGACAAUGAGUUUUCACCUGCUGUCAUCAGCUCUCCGGGAUCAUCAAAUGUAACGGUAUGGCUUUCAGAGGACUUUUAUUCAAUUCUUUUUUACGCCCUUAUCCAUCUUCUGAAAAUUUUAACCCUAUGUGGACCGGCAACUGAGGCUUGCGAGCCAAUGCUGGUCCAAAGUCCAUCAUUUUGAGUAGCUCAUUGGCAAACAAGUUUGAAAUAGGCCUACAUGUUCUGCUUUGUAAAACUCAAGUACAUUAUCGUCGGAAAAGGGGACUCUGAUAUUGUUGAUCAGUGGUCCGCUAAGAGCGACACGCGAAAAAUUAAAAUAAUAAUUACAAAUGACAAAAAACUGCGUCUUAAAUGGUAGACUUAUAAUUUAUUGGCAUGCUGAAUGAAUUAGAAGUCUUACUUUGACACGCUAAUAUCAAAAGGUUUUUGACCACUGCUCUAGAAUUUACAAAGAAUGUAGCCUUAUUUUAAAAUGAUUUUUACUCUAGCUUUAAUGCUGCCGAUUUUUUAAAAGUUUUGCAUUUAAUUUUUAAUGAGUAGUGAGUGGGUUUGGUUCUUGAUGUCAGCAUCAAUGCCACUUUUAACUUAAGGUCAAGUGACUUGGGUAGUUUAGAUUUCAGCCCGAGAUUCGGCCUCAAGAAAAUGUUUUAAAACGUUUGUCUUGUUUUGGAAUAAAAAUAAAAUCGGGCGAAUGUGGAAUUUUGAAACCUCCAUUCCUUCCCUCUCAUCCAGCUGCUUGAAGGUGCUGCCGUGGGUACAUUUGUAGCAGCCAUAGUUGCAUCUGACAAUGACACCGGGCCUGAAGGAGUUCUCACAUAUAACAUCAGUGGUGAGUCGUUCUUUCUUUUUUUUUUUUAAAGGUACUUGGACAUCUGCCCAGUUCAACUCCAAAUAAUGUUUGUUUUGGGAUCCACAAUUUUUAAAUCAUGGGCCGCCAAGGAAUUAAAUUAAAUGUCAUUUUCUGCUGACUUUAAUGACAGGUGUCCCUUUAGCUAUGCUAUACUAUCAUACUCAUACAUAGGCAAAGGCUAAUGAUUAUAUUUUAGGCAAUAAGAACUUUUUGGCCAAUCCAUAACGUGUACAUUUUCAAGAGUCCAGGACAACUAAAGUUUUUAAAAUAUGUAUGCUAUACUCUUUAGUUUAUUUUACGACUUCAUUGUCCCGAAUAAUUCAUUUUUAAAAUCCUAAAUGGGAAACUUCAAACAUGAAUUAUUAUAACUAGACUAUAUCAUACUACAUGCUUUAAAUUAUUUCUAGGAGGAAACACUGGAAAUAUCUUCUACGUUGACUCAGUGGGCAACAUAACAACUGUCUCUUUACUGAACAAAACAAAAGUGGACUUCUAUAACUUAACUAUUGACAUUGUAGACUCGGGGGUGAAUCCAAAGUAA